CGUGAUUGCGCGGAAUUGGUCGCGUUUCGAGCGCGUGUUUUCCAUUCACAAUUUCUCAUUACGAAAGUUACGAACUAAACCGAACAAUAAUUGUGAGAGUGACUUGUGUACUUUAGUCUUUUUAUUAGUUCUAAUAUUUUGAUAUAUUAAGAUUUGCGACCGUUUCACCAGGUUACAAUUUAAUAUUAAAGUCAAGUAAUAUACAUUAGUGAUAAAGUGUGUGACAAUGCAAUAGUGAACAGUUCAGUCAGGAUGCUGUCCAGGGGUAUUAAAUACAAACGACUCGAUGAUAUCGAGAUCAGCGAGCCGGGACAGGAGCUGGUGGCGGUGCGCGUGGCCAUCAAUGGCAUGACCUGUCAGUCCUGCGUGCGCAGCAUCGAGACCUCCGUAAGAGAACUGCCCGGCGUUGAGGACGCGAAGGUGGAACUGUCAGAACACGCCGGUUACUUCCGCUAUGACCCUCACGUGUGCUCGCUGGAGGCGAUCCGCUCCCACAUAGAGGAAAUGGGGUUCGAGGCGCCAACCGACGUCGUCGACGACGAAACUAAAAAUCUGUUACCAAAAGAGAUCCCGACGGAUGUGUUGAUAGACAUGUCGGGGUCCGCGGAGAGCGACCUCGUGCUGUCCGUCGUCGGGAUGACCUGCCAGUCCUGCGUCAACACUAUAGAAGGUCGUCUACACGAGAUGUCGGGAGUGCGGCAGGCGUGCGUGUCUCUCGCGGAAGGCGUGGCGCGCGUGCGUGUGCUGCGUGACGUCAUCACACCGCAAGAUGUCUCCGACGCGAUAUACGACCUGGGCUUUGACGUCACUAUACUCACAGUCAAUGGUCAAUCUUACUCAGAAUCAUCGUCACAAAGUAAUAGUAACGAGGCAUCAGGGGAUGCGGUUAGACCGAAUAAUGUCUCAAAGACACAUCUCAAUGGCGAUGUAGGCGAGGCAGGUAUGGCGGAGCAGACGUCCCGUUGUACGUUAGAGGUGCGCGGGAUGACGUGCGCUUCUUGCGUCGCCGCUAUAGAGAAACAUUGCUCUAAGAUAUAUGGUGUACAAUCAGUAGUGAUAGCUCUGUUAGCCGCUAAAGCGGAGGUGCGGUAUGAACCGCGGAAGGUGUCGGCACCUGACAUCGCGCAGUCCAUCACCGCGCUCGGCUUCCCCGCAGACGUGCUCAGUGAUGGCGACGGCUGCGGACAGAGGGAGCUACUGUUAAAUAUAAAAGGCAUGACGUGUGCGUCGUGUGUCAGCAAAAUUGAAAAGACUGUACUUAAAUUAAGCGGCGUAGCGUCCUGCGCUGUUGCCCUGACUACCUCCAAAGGAAAAAUUAAAUACGACACAGAAAUGAUCGGACCACGUACGAUAUGCGAAGCUAUCAAUAGUUUAGGAUUCGAAGCGACCGUCGCCAGUACUAACAGCCGCGGCGCUACUGAUUAUCUAGAGCAUAAAGAAGAAAUAAGAAAAUGGCGUAACGCGUUCCUAAUAUCGUUAGUAUUCGGUGGUCCGUGUAUGAUAGCGAUGACGUACUUCAUGGCGACGAUGCCGCAGCACAGCGCGCGCGACAUGUGCUGCGUGCUGCCCGGCCUCAGCAUGGAGAACCUCAUCAUGAUGUUGUUGGCUACGCCAGUACAGUUUAUCGGCGGCUGGCAUUUCUACAAGCAGGCGUACAAGGCGCUGCGUCACGGCAGCCCCAAUAUGGAUGUACUGAUCUCAAUGACUACAACUAUAAGUUACUUCUACUCCCUGGCGGUGGUGAUAGCAUCAAUGUCACUACAGAAGGAUACAAGCCCUUUGACGUUCUUUGACACCCCUCCAAUGUUGCUGGUCUUCGUGUCCUUAGGAAGGUGGCUGGAGAAUAUUGCUAAAGGUAAAACAUCAGAAGCGCUGUCGAAGCUGCUGUCGCUGAAGGCGACGGAGGCGGUGCUGGUGACGGUGGACCGAGACGGCAACGAGCUCGCUGAGAAGAAUAUACCAAUUGACCUGGUCGAGAGGGGGGAUAUACUUAAAGUGGUGCCAGGAGCCAAGGUGCCGGUAGACGGCAAGGUGAUAUCAGGGCAGAGUACGUGUGAUGAGUCUCUCAUCACCGGAGAGUCGAUGCCGGUAGCGAAGAGUAAAGAGUCGCUGGUGAUCGGUGGCAGUAUAAACCAGCACGGCGCGCUGCUGGUGCGCGCCACGCACACCGGCGAGGCCAGCACGCUGGCGCAGAUCGUACGUCUAGUGGAGGACGCACAAGCCAGCAAGGCGCCAGUUCAGCGUCUCGCUGAUACUAUCGCUGGGUAUUUCGUGCCGAUGGUUGUAUUCCUAUCAAUAUUAACACUGAUAUGCUGGAUAAUAAGCGGUGCGCUCAACAUAGAAAGAAUAAAAGCUAUUACACCAGAGAUAUAUAGAGACGGCACUAGAUGGGAGCUGAUAGUGCAGAGCGCGUUCCACUUCGCGCUGAGCGUGCUCGCGAUCGCGUGCCCGUGCGCGCUGGGCCUGGCCACGCCCACCGCCGUCAUGGUGGCCACGGGCGUCGGCGCCAAGCUGGGAUUACUAAUAAAAGGCGCUGAACCUCUGGAAAAUGCACAUAAAGUGAAAACGGUGAUAUUCGACAAGACGGGUACAAUAACCCGCGGCAAGACGAGCGUGGCGAAGGUGUCGCUGCUGACGGGCGAGCCGGCCAGCCUGCCUGACAUCCUCGCCUGUCUGCACACCGCGGAGCUCAACUCCGAACAUCCUGUAGCUUCCGCGAUAGUGCGGUGGUGCGGCGCCGCGCUGGGCGAGACGCGCGCGGCGUCGUGCAGCGGGUUCGCGGCGGCGCCGGGCUGCGGGCUGCGUGCGCGCGUGCGCCUGCGCCCCGCCCUGCAGCCGCCGCAGCACCUGCGCGACGCUAUCAAUGCUGCCAAGGCAGGAGAGACGCUGCAGAUAUGCGGCGUGCCGGUGGAGCUGGUGGCGGGCGCGGGGGACGCGGCGCUGAGCUCGGCGCAGGCGGCCGCGCGCCUGCACGCGCUCAUCGUGCCGCCCGCCGACCAGCAGGAGUCUGGCAGCGAGCAAGUAGUGUUAAUCGGCAACCGCGAGUGGAUGUCUCGUAACGGCGUGGCCGUGCCCGCGCGCGUGCAGGACCAGCUGCGCCACGACGAGCUGCUCGGCCGCACCGCCGUCCUCGCCGCUAUCAACGAUCAGUUAGUGUGUACUAUCGGCGUGGCGGACGAGGUGAAGCCGGAGGCGCACUUAGCUGUGUACUGGCUGAAGCGCAUGGGCCUGCAGGUCUGCCUGCUCACUGGAGACAACAGGAAGACAGCGCUGGCCAUCGCACGACAGGUGGGAAUCAACAAAGUAUACGCAGAGGUGCUGCCCUCGCACAAAGUGGCCAAAAUACAAAAACUACAAGAACAAGGACAGAAAGUAGCUAUGGUUGGCGACGGCGUCAACGACAGUCCAGCGCUGGCGCAGGCUGACGUGGGCAUUGCCAUCGCCAGUGGCACUGACGUCGCCGUGGAGGCAGCAGACCUCGUACUCAUGCGGAAUGAUCUGUUAGAUGUGGUGGCAUGUCUGGAGCUGUCUCGCAGUACGGUGCGACGAAUUCGACUUAACUUUGUGUUCGCGAGCGUGUACAACUUGCUCGGCAUUCCGCUCGCGAGCGGAGCGUUCGCUUUGUACGGUCUACAAUUACAGCCCUGGAUGGCGUCGGCCGCGAUGGCGAUGAGUUCCGUGUCUGUGGUCUGCUCCAGUCUACUACUCAAGACGUUCUCCAAGUCUAGCGGCGAGCAGCUGCGCACGGCGGAGUACGUGCAGUCGCUGGCGAGCGCGGAGCUGCAGGCGGUGGCGGUGCACCGCGGCCUGGACGAGCGCCUGCACUGCGAGCGCGCCGCCUCGCCGCUGGCCAAGUUAUUCAACCGAAGUAAAAGUAACGACGGAUGUCUGUUGCAAGAAGAGGACGACAUGCUGACCGUCUCUUUCAUACCGAAGCAUCCGACACGAGAACAGCCGAGUCUUAACGGAUGAUUACGACUGAUUAAUUAGUAGGAAAAAGGUCAAAGAUGGUAGCAAUUAGCUCAAUUGAAAUGGAGUUUUUUUUUAAUACUAUUAAAUGGACGAGAAAAUGCUUCUUUUCUAGACGAAAUUUGAAUAUUAAAAACUGAGCCAAGGGACGCCAUAAUCAUUGUAUUGCUUUGAAAUAUGGUAAUGAGUUUUAUAAUUUACAACAAUAUGGCCAAAUUAGGAAAUAUAAUAUGCAAUAUGAUUAAAGAAGAGACAGAUUAUUAAAUUGUUGAAAAAUUAAAUUAUUAUAAAAAAUUUGUCACAAAAUACUUAUCGGGCACAACGUUAAAGUAAUGACCGAGUAUAUAUUCUGUAAAGAUGCUAUAUUGUCGUUAUUAAAUAAAAACAAAAAGAAAAAUUAAAAAAUAUUUACAUAACCAUUGAUGUCUUUUAAAAUUGACCAUUGACACGCCAUUGAUUCUUGUAUAAUUGUAUUUUUUUUAGUAUAGAUAUAAAUUCGUUUUGUUUAUAGUUAUUUUCUAUACAACUUUUAUAUGUUUUUGUGUACAAAUAUCUUUUUAAUAUUUUGUAAUAAAAAAAUCAAAACAAAUCAAAGCAAUAUAUUCCAUGAGUUUGUACUCAGUAAUUUAAUUUAGCGUUUGGUUAUAAAAUACUAAACACUGAGGAGAGUUUUUAAAUGCUUCCUAAAACUCCUUUGAGCUUCCAAACAUAUCAAUUUUAGCGUUGAAAUGUAUGUCAAAAUGUAAAUUAACUCCACGAUAGAAAUUUUGGACAAACAAAAUAAACCAAAGUUAUAUGAAAUAUAUCUUUGUAUUGGUAUUAAGUAAACGAAAUCCGCCAUUUUGUUUUCUUGGAAAGCAACAACGCUUUCUUUGUUAGAUAUUCGAAUGAAAAUCAUCUCAGGUUCGCGCGAUCUGCGAUGUUUUUAUAGAAACGGGGGCCGCCAUUUUGUUUCGCGCGCCGCCAUGUUUGACAUCUGUCAAAACAUCUCGAAUUAAACGAAUAUAGACCGAUGAACUUAUCUGACCCGGUGCAUAUGUAAAA